CCACCGUACUUGUUGUGUUUGUUGUUUCAGUUGAAGCAAAGAUGGCGAGCGAGCUGGACAGAGUGCGAAUCUCAGCUGCGGAACUCAGAGCUUUAGCGUCGAAUUCAGUCGAUAUCCCUGACUGUCACAAAGAGGAGCCGAAGGAGCAUCUAGUAAACAAGCAGCACAGGAAGAGUGAAGGAAAACGUCAUGAGGUGCAGCGCUACCAGCUGGGAGCUGGACAGAGAAGGUGUCACCGUGACAGUGAAGGGGGAGAAACUGGCCAAACUGACCCCCUGACUUCUAAUUCACUUGAUCAUGGUCAGCCAUCGCAAAGUAAGAAAAGGGGAGUCUUAGAGAGUCGUGUGUGCACAGAGGACGUGGCAGUCGCCAACAAAAAGGAAGAAGAUAGAAUGAGAGGUGACGGUAGCCACAGAAAGGGCUUUCACUCACAGUCCAAAUCAGAAGCAAACAAAGAGAAAGCGUUUGUUGAAAAUGACAGAGAACACGAGGAAGCUGCAGAAGGUGCUAAGCCAACGCGGAAAGCUCGCAAACCAGACAGAGAAUUUUAUCAACCUGGGAGCCGCAGGAGCAUCCAGGGAAAAGACUCGGGAGUUGGAAAAGAGGAGGAAAUGCCUCCCGCCAGGCAGAAUAAGCCGAAAACUGAGCCAGAAUCCCUUUUCAGUACAGAGGAAAAGGGGGGUAACAAAAAAGGUCCCAUACAGAAGCAGGCAGGAAAAGCCAAAGAAGUAAAAGGUCUUCUUGAAAACAUAAAGUUGUCUAAAUCAGAUACAAACGGAAAGCAUGGGAGCCAAGGUGUGGAAGAAAGCCCAUUACCGUCUGAUGCUUCAGUGGAUAAAAUGACUGACAAAGUAGAACAACUCAGUGUGAACGAAAAGGAUGAAGUGGGAUGUGAAGGCCAAGUCGUUGAAGAGUUAAGCAGGAGACGGGAGACAAUUGAUAAGGAAAGGAGAGACGAAGGGGGAGGAACAAAAGAGGAGGAAGAAAAGGUAGAGAAGAAAAAGGAAAGGGGUAACCGCAGGAGAAGAGGAGGUGAAAGGGAAAAGGAAAAGGAGAGGAAUCAGGAUUCCAGAAGGAGAGAAGAUGAAGCGAGUGGUGGAGGAAAGAGCGACCAGAGGAAAGCUGAGAUGGAAAGAGACAGGAGAGAAGCAGAUCGGGAUAACAAAGCUGGUCAGACUGGAGUCGCACAACUAAAUAAAAGAGAAGAGAAUCGCAGAGGAGGAGACAACAACAACCAAUCCAGAGCCGCAGAGAAAGAUGCUAAGGCAGGGAGAAAUGCAGACCUGCCAGUUGAACGAGGCAAUAGACACAGAUCCAAUGCGAACAUCACCACACCAACUUCAAAACGCUAUUCCAAAUCAGAUAUUCGGCGCUCACGGAAUCGAACAUACAGCAGUAGCUCAGCCAGCAGUGUGACCAGCUUGGAUGGUCCUCGUCUGGGGAUGGUUGUGGAGAAUAGCCGCUUGGCACUGGUGCACAAUACUGACAAGACUGCUAAAAGUGGAGUAGGACAAAGGAGUCAUUUACAAAGCUGGACGGCCAAUGGGGAGUCAUCCACGGAAUCACCGGAGGGGAGUGAGAUGAGUGACAAAACAGAAGAUAGAAAGAGGAGAAGAGGCGUAGGAGGGGACCUAAGUGCAGAGAGACGGAGGGAGGAAAGGAACCGACCAAAAGGAAACGACGGGGGAGGUCGGGGCAUCUUUAGGGUUUCUAUUGAACAAACGUCUGGUACCGCGUCACAUAGCGGGACGUCACAACAACGCAAGCCAGGCUUGGUUCCUCGUGGCAGAGGUGGGGGUAUCCUGGUGCUUCCAGCACGCACAGACAUCUCCAAUUCACCCGAGGUUGGACAACGGCUUCUUUUCGGUGGAAUUAGGGGCGGAGGCGCUUGCAGGAGCAGAGGAGGCCGAGGUGGAGUGAGACGACUCUGGGAUCCCAAUAACCCCGACCAGAAACCUGCCCUUGCCAGUACCCAAUCCUCACAGCAUGUAUCUCUCCAACAGCCUGUAUAUCUUCAGACAGGGACUGGAUACGGCCAACUUCACUUUUUGGACACAGACGAUGAGGUAGCAGGCAGUCCUCCGGUCCCGCAGGGGGAGCACUUUCGAACGCAGCAAGCUGCUGCCAUGGCCUUCUACAAAUUCCAAAACUCUGACAACCCUUACUGCUACCCCAUGUCCACCAGCAACGCACAUAGUCCUGGCGCCACCACCAACCAGCGCUAUCCAUAUCCUUAUCAUAUGGGGCCAUACCAAAUGGCUCCCCCUAAUGGUAUGUAUCCAGUUGCUGGCGUGGGUCAGUUCUGUGGGAGUUACAGGGGAGCAGGUUAUUCGCAGCCUGGUGCGGGAGGUAAUUUGACACUUGAAGAGGUGCAGCAACAAGCUAGAGGAGAGCUCGGCAGGAUGCUGAGAGGUGCGGAUGCACAGGAGCUCCAGCUCAGCAACCUGCUGUCCAGGGACAGAGUGAGUGUUGACGGACUGGAUCGCAUGACCCAGCUCAGAGCUGACCUUUUGGGGGUGUACGAGCAGAUCAUCCUGAGAGACAUCGACUUCUCAGACUCGCAGAAUGUGGAUCAGUCUUUGUGGAAGAAUGUCUUUUACCAGGUCAUAGAGCGCUUCCGGCAGCUACUCAAAGACCCAACGUGUGACAACACUCCUCAUAUCAGAAACCUGCUGCUCACGCUGCUGGAUGAGGGGGCACUAUUCUUUGAUGGGCUGCUUCAGAAGCUGCAGACAGUGUACCAGUUUAAGUUAGAGGAUUACAUGGACGGCAUGGCGAUCAGGGCUCGGCCAUUACGUAAAACGGUGAAGUAUGCUCUUAUCAGUGCACAGCGUUGCAUGAUUUGUCAGGGAGACAUAGCCCGUUACCGGGAACAAGCCAGUGACUCUGCCAACUAUGGCAAGGCUCGCAGUUGGUACCUCAAAGCCCAGCAGAUCGCACCCAAAAAUGGCCGACCAUAUAAUCAGCUGGCCCUGCUGGCGGUCUAUACAAAGCGGAAGUUGGAUGCCGUGUAUUAUUACAUGCGCAGCUUGGCAGCCUCCAACCCCAUCCUGACGGCAAAGGAAAGCCUGAUGAGUCUGUUUGAGGAAGCUAAGCGCAAGGAUGAGCAGCUUGAGCGAAGGAGGAGGCAAGAGCACGAAGGAGGCUCGAGGGGGCCGGCAGUAAGAGGUAGAGCAAGAGGGGAAGAUGGAGCUCGUGUGGAAAUUUGGAUUUGUAGACAAGCAGCUACCCGAUCCGCUCAGAGGGGAGGGAGUGAAUCCAGCAAAGACUCUGAGCAGGAUGGAGAGCUGGGAAGUAUGAGCGCCAGUGAUCUAAAUAAGAGAUUCAUUUUGAGUUUCCUGCAUGCUCAUGGAAAGCUCUUCACUAAAGUGGGCAUGGAAUCUUUCCCUCGAGUGGCGAGCAGAGUUCUUCAGAAGUUCAAGACGCUGCUCCAGCAUGGCCCGUCCCAACUGGGCUUCACACACAUGCUGCAAAUCAUCACCAUCAACAUGUUCACUAUAUACAAUGCCCACAGCAGAGGUGAAGUGGGAGACGUGCGGUCCGUUUUGCAAGAGCAAAGCACCGCCUUGGGCCUCGGCAUGUUCGCACUACUGGUGCAGCGCUGCACAGAGCUGCUCAGGAACACUCCUGCAGAACCAGUGCCCGUGGCAGACGCAGAGGAGGAGGGAAAAGGGGAGGAGCUAGAGGGUAUGGUGCGGGUCUCUGCCUUUUCACUGGACCUUAAAGAACUACUACCAAGUAUCAAGGUCUGGUCCGACUGGAUGUUGGGGCAACCAGACCAGUGGAACCCACCACCCUGCACUAUAGAUGGCAGCCCUGAUGUUUGGCAGUGCCUGGCCGACCUGUGCAACAUGCUGGCACGGGUCGACCACGAGGAAGUGCCGCUGUACAAAGUCGACACUGAAGAAGUUGAGGGAGAUGAGGAGCUGACCGUGCUGCAAUUGAAGGAGGAUCAGCUGCUCGCUGGCUUUGUGCCGCUGCUCGCUGCGCCACUGGAGCCCUGUUACUCCGACAGACACACGGACGUGGCAAUAGCAGCCGAUUGUAAGAGAGUGAUGGUGCUGAAGUACUUUCUGGAGGCUUUGUGUGGACAGGAAGAGCCUCUGUUGGCCUUCAAAGGAGGCAAAUACAUCUCUGUGGCGACUUCUCCACCUACCCAUUCAAUGGAUACAAGGAGCAGGCAGGAUUCCCUCACAGAGAAAGAGGCUGAUGAUGUCAUAGUCGAGGCAGAGUCGUCUCUCUCCGCAUCAGAAGGGGAGGACGAUGCGGGCGACAGUGAAAACGACAUAAGACAGCUGAAGGCACGACGCAACGUUCUCACAAACAAACUGGCUCAGCAACAGAAGCGUAGGGAUAAAAUACAGGCGGUGCUGCAGACAAGCGGACAGCUCGAGCUGGAAGUGAGGCCUCACUUUCUGGUUCCAGAUACAAAUGGAUUCAUCGACCACUUGGGAGGGUUGAAGAAACUCCUUCAGUGUGGAACAUACAUAAUAGUUGUGCCACUUAUCGUGAUUACAGAGUUGGAUGGUUUGGCCAAAGGCCAGGACAACUUUGCUGGAGGAGUGGGCUCGGGAGGACGUGGCGCCGGUGGCCGGGGCAGCGGUAACGUUAACGCGGCCCAUGUGCGAGCCGUUCAGGAGAAGGCCCGGUUGGCCGUGGCUUUCCUGGAGAAAGGAUUCGAAGCCAGGGAACCGUUCCUCAGAGCCCUGACAAGCAGAGGAAAUCAGCUUGAAUCUAUUGCCUUCCGCAGUGAAGACACCUCUGGACAGCAGGGUACCAAUGAUGAUGUGAUUCUGUCCUGCUGCCUCCACUACUGUAAAGACAAGGCAAAGGAUUUCAUGCCUGAUCAGAAGAAUGGGACAGUGAGGCUCCAGAGGGAGGUUGUACUCCUCACAGAUGACCGAAACCUGCGCGUCAAAGCCUUGACCCGCAACGUCCCAGUGCGAGACAUCCCCGCUUUCCUCAGCUGGGCCAAAGUGGGCUGAACCAGACCAGGUUGGAGUCAGAAGAACCCAACUGCUGAUGCCUGCUUGCCACUCAGCCACGAGAGAAGACACACGAGAGAGCAGGGGAGAGAGAGCGGAUGACGAAGAAAGCGUAGAACCACUUCAUAGGAUACAAGCAAAUGUAAAAGAGAACAGGGUGGUUUAAAUCAGCUUCCCUCCCUUCUCAUGGAGUGUGUGUUUGUGUGUGUGUGUAAAUGUUCAGAUCAGUGGGCUCCCCCAGAAAGAGACAGAGAGACUUGACAAGUCUCAGGAAGGCUGGACUGGAAGGAGGAAAGAGGGUUGAAAAGUGGUCGGAUUUGUAAGCGCUCUGGUCCAGCCUUGAGCAUCCGCGCCUAGUUGGUGAGUGUGUACUCUGCGAGCAGUGUUAAAAUUUUGAUGCUGACGGCAGAAAGAGACCGAGAGAAGGUGAGCGCGUACGGUCAUUUAGUUGAUUGAAAGCCGUAACUGGCACGUCCACACUUCUCUUAGGGCCCAGUCGCAAAGACCGCAUUGGCCUCUUCAGUAGCCAUCGGAUAAAAGGAGGCGGAGAGAAGUAGCGGCUGGAGGUCGGUCAGUAGAGCUUUUAAAAAGUGGCUGGUUUUCGUGAGGGUCAGAUGAAUCCUCGCGCAACUUCCACACCUCCCAAGUGAUCCAUGCAGCUGUGGUAUUUCCUGCAAACUCAGGAAGUGCUUAAUGUCCGUUUGGAAACUUGUGCUUUAUCCAGCUUGAUACUAAUAUUAAGUCUGGAUACUAAGGACACAUUUCGAUAGAGUUAACAACAACAACAACAAAAGAGUGAUUUACCCUUUUCAUUGACAGUUUUUGAUUUUUUACUUGUUUUUGAGCUCAUGUAGAAAGUUUCCGUUCCCUCCUUGUGGUCCAUUUCUCUUUUUUUCUUGACUCUUGAUAAUAAGCAUUUGAAAAACCUUGAUUUUAUCAACCUUUUCUUUCUUUUUUUUACAGAUCUGGGUUUAAAUGUAUUUGUGAAAAAUGAUUUGCUUCUGGCUUUGAGCAAAUGUAUGCUAUUUAAUAAGUCAAUUCUUUUGGUUUGUAGUGUGUUUUCAGCUGCAGAAUGUUAAGCUAUAUAUCGACUACAGGAUUUGCUCCUUUGAACGGAAUUCCACCCCUUUCAUCACUGAAAACAAAACAGUAUGAAAACAAGAUGUGCAAAUACUGUUUUUCUUAGACAUGUUUCAAGUAGCUUGGAGUCUAUUUUGCUUUAUUUUCUCUUCAGCUUUACUGGGAGCUUUAGUCUUUUGUGCUUUUCAGUUCAUACCACCACAGACAUUUGCCUUUUCAUACAUUCAUUUUAUUCACAUGUUUUCCACAGUGUGAUUUUUCUAAAACUCCCAACACUCCCACUUUCCUUUAAUUGCAAAGUAAAGCAUGUACAAUUUCCAUCAGUAGUAUUUGUGUGCUUGCUUUCACUCCUUGUGAGUCUUAGUGGCUGUUUUUUUGUGCAUAUAAGGUGUCCAAAUGCGGAAUGUAUUUGUAAUCUACACUUUUUGUUCUAUUGUUAUGUGGCAUCAUACCCCCCUUCAAAAUUUGAUCAUAUUGAUUUAGCUGUAGAACAAUACUGUAUGUAGAAGAGGCUACCUUUCCUUUGUGAUGGUCCUGUACCCGCUACUGUUUCCAUCAUCAGUUGACGUACAAUUAUCUGUAAAAACCAGUGACACCUUUUUUUUUUUGUUCUGUUCUAGUGCUACUGUAGUGUUCAUCAGUUUCCUGUGUUGAGUUGCUCUGCUGCAAAUGUCAAUUCAACAAAUAGUACAUAUUCAUCAUCCAUCAAUAAAAGGUUUUCAUGGCA